AUGAGCGUGAGGGUCCCUGGAAAGUGAGCCACUGCCCACCGCAAGGGGGCGCACCUUCCUCGCGGCCGGCUCCGUCAGCCACAGGCGCGCGCAGACGCUCCGAAGCAGCAGUCGCUGUCCGCGCUCCGUGGUGCUGAACGCAAAGCCGCGCGGUGGUCCGAAGGAAGGGAGCGGAUUCAUUCGGCACUGCUGGGAGCUUUCGGAACUGUCCGCCUCCCGCCGGUGCUGAAGCCCAGCAGAAUCCCGGACCAUUCCUUCUGCAGCAGAGCCAGAUCUCCCAAUGAGCAACGGGAUCCCCAACAGGAGACGAUGCUGAUUUAGAUCAGACCUGGUUGCUGAGCUUUGACAAGCCGGCCAAGCUCAAGUCCCCACCGCUAUCCCAUCUUUUCUUCUUUCCUUGAUCCUAACCAUUCCUCCAGCAACUUCCUCCCCUCCUCAACACAGCUAGUCAUGGCUUUCAUGGUGAAGUCCAUGGUGGGUGGGCAACUGAAGAACCUCACCGGUGGACUGGGAGGAGAAGAGAAAGGAGAAGGGGAGAAGUCCCCAGCUGAAGCCCAGGGGAUGACGAAGGAAGAAUACGAAGAGUACCAGAAGCAGCUAGUGGAAGAAAAAAUGGAGCGGGAUGCCCAGUUUGCACAGCGCAAAGCAGAACGAGCCACCCUGCGGACCCACUUUCGGGAUAAAUACAGACUUCCCAAGAAUGAAACAGAUGACAACCAGAUCCAGCUGGUCGGGGGUGACGUGGAGCUCCCCAAAGAGCUGGCCAAGAUGAUUGAGCAGGACAACGAAGAGGAGGAGGAAAAGGACUCUGUUAUCGGACAGCUGACCAGCAUCCAGAACCUGGACCUGGAUUCCCUGAAGGACAAGGCCCAGGCCACGCUGGAUGACCUCAAGCAGUCUGCCGAGAAGUGUGCCGUCAUGUGACCCAGCUGUUGCUCUUCAGCAGAAUAAACCCCUCCCCCUCCCAA